CAUGGGAGGUUGAAGAUGAAGGCUUCUGUCUAAAGGCUAAGGAGAUUCCCAAAUUGUAUCAUCCACAUGGUCAGAUUUUUCCGCUGGGAUCUUAAGCUCUUAAGCUACGAGAAUAACUUGAAUAACAGUCAGGGACGACAAUGGCCGCUCCAGAUGCUCCAUGGGUAGACUCCCCUUUCCAUCUCAUCCCCACACCAGGACGAGGCGAAGAAGUGAGCAAACUCCCGGUGCACAUCUGGAUUGCCCGCGAAAUGGCAUGCGCACACAACGGAAUGCUUCGAGGACUGAACUCCAUCUACCAGCAGAGCAUCCACGUCGCCAAUCCAGAAGAUAUCAAAGACUUGCUCAAGUACACCGAGUUCUGGUGCGGAUGGAUCCACGAACAUCACGAUGCGGAAGAGGACUUCUACUUCCCGGAAGUGGAAAGACUCACAGGCGUGAAGGGACUCAUGGCUGCGAAUGUUGCACAGCAUCAUGCUUUUAUGCCUGGGCUGGAAGCACUUGGCAAGUUUGCAAAGGAGACGACCGUUGAAGAGUAUGAUGGGACGAGGUUGAGGGCUGUUAUCGACUCGUUUGGGAAGGUUUUGACGGAGCAUUUGAUUGAUGAGAUUGAGACAUUGUUAGAGCUGGAGAAAUAUGAUGGCGUCGUGAUGAAGAAGCUCUAUCAAGAGCUUGAUCUCAAGGUUAGGGCUGGCGAUAAAGUAGGUUGCCUUUUCAAACUUGAUGAAGUGAAGUUGACGAGAAUAGUCGAUUCUGUUCCCGAUGGUUCUUGGCACUUGCGAUAA